AUUCAAUUGGAAAUGGGGCGCUCCAUGAAUUCAGAUGAUUUCAGAUCACACCUACCAAAACCGAUGAACCUCUCAUGUGCACGUUUGGUUCCUGUCGCCCAUGUGCCAUGCGCCACUGGACGCAUGGACACGCAUGGACUGCGCCAGUCUCGACGCCGCUGAACAGCGGAGAUGACACUCGGAAAGGGCCAGGGAGAACGCUCCCAGCAACCCAAGUCUUCAGAUGAAGACAAGGGUGCAAGACAAAACGGUAGGUGCUUGCAGACGGCAUUUGUCAUGCAUUAAUUUGUCUAUCAUUUUCCCCUGGCGUAUCGAGGCUUCGAGCCACAGCUGUGCUGAUAAUCUUUUGUAGACCUGUUGAAUUCCAAGAAUACAUUCCAAGAAUUCUUAGAACAAACAGGUCAAUAUCAGACAGUAGACUUUAAAAGCUUUUGUAGACCUUUUGUAGAUCCUGUUGUUCUUCUUCUCAGCACAUCACAGACCUUACAGUAAUAUCACGUGAGCCGUGAGCAGGUCUGGUUGUUUCGUGAUCGAAGGCGGCGAACACCGACAGGACGUACCCGGACGUGGGCGCUUUUAAGGUUUGGGCGCACCAGGCCCCAACCUGUAGAGGUGCAGAUUUUGUUUGGCCACCUGAAGACGGUCUUCCUGGCACCUUGAGUAGAAUUGUCCAGGAUGUUACUCACCAUGCGGACGUUGAAAAGCGCCUGUUUGGCGAGAACCCUUGUGCCUUCACUCCUCCCUUUCAGGACUCCUUGGUCGCGCUGGGGUUCACACGAUGGCCGAGGCCAUCCUGAAAAAGUCGUCCCCAUGUCAUUGCAUGUUUGCUGCUGGGUUUAUUGAGGAAUCAGCAUGUUGUGGGGCCACAAAACUUUAACACAAAACUCGCCCAAACCAGACCAUGUUCAAUCGGUUCAAUGACCGGAGCUACAACAAGCACAAUUUGGCCGCACCCGGCAUCUGAGGAAGAGGCCCCGCGGCUCGAGCUGCGCGGUACUGGAGGCGGAUCGUCAGAAAGCGCGGAAGCUGCUGGCGAGUAGUUUCCAGGAGGGUGAAACGAGUGAAGCUCUUGCAACCGAGCUGGAGGGCGCUGUUCUGGAGCGCUGGGGCGCAGCACUCAGCGACUACCGUGCCCAGAUGAGAAGCGUCGUCGCAGCUCUGCGGCGCAGCGCGCCGCUGCGACACAGGCUGUGCUGUGGCGAAGUGGACGCUGCCAGGCUGUUGGAUGAGCCGGAGCUGCUGCUGACAGAGCAGCAGCGGGCACAGCAGGCGACGCUGCGGAAGGAAUCCUUGGAGCGAUGCUUGAACACCUCCUUGGGCCAGUUGGGCCUUUACGUCCUCGGUAUCGACUGUGAUGGCUCCAGCUGUUCCAUCGCAUGCGAGAGGAGGCAUUUAGAAUCCCGAGAGCAGAUGAGAGGGAAGUGGCCCAAGUUGCAGGCGAAUCACUUGGUCAUUUGCGCCGGCCCGGAGCGUUCCGGGAGCACCUGGCUGUACAAUGCCGUGCGGCUCUUGCACUUGAAAGCGCAGGUGCCCUGCGACUCCUAUUGGAUGACUCGCCUGAGCCACGCCAAGCUGGAAGAACGGCUGCGUGCCCAGCCCUUGGCCGUGGUGCUGGUGAAGACUCACGAGUGGUCGGCGGACUACGCGGAGUUGGUGCCGAUGGCCAAGCACAUCUUCCUCACGCACAGGGAUUUGCGAGGUGUGGUGGCCUCCUAUCGGCGUGUCCAGUGGGAGUUGGCUAUUCCAGACGCCUACGUUUCGGAGCACAUGGAGUGGAGACGCAAUUGUUCGCUGGAUAUCAGCUAUGAGGAGAUCAUGCGAAGUCCGCUGGUCCCUUUGAAACUCAUCGCUGAGCAGUUGAAGUUGUCUUUCACACAGGAGCAACUUCGGGAGGUUCAAUCCGACUUGAUCCAGUUGAAACGAAGUCAUUGCGGGAAUGCGGUGUGCCAGGUCACAAAGCUUUGGCCUGACCACCGCUCGGCGGAGACGGAGCGACUCCAGGGCAAGGGCUGUGCGGCCAACAACGCAGAGCUGAACGAGUUGAAGGAUGAAGCUUAUGCACAAGUGCUGAACACUCGCUUCAAGGAAUACCAGAUGCUCUAUGGUUACUUGAACGACUGAGCUGUUCGGUCGUCGGAUCUGGCCAGAAAAGAGGUCGGCGCGAGGAUUUGUUUCUCAAUGUUGGCUACACUCUUCUACCGGGGCGUUGGUUUGAGGACACGGAGUACUCCAUCCACAGCGGUUCUCCAGCCGUCCCUUCCCAAGUGCAGCGGUACGAUGCGGUACGACUGGGGUGACUGGAUCUGAUCACCUUCGGCAUGGUGGGUGGUGGGUGGUUGGAGCCUCGCAAAUUCCUUCGUCGUAAUGAAGUCCGAUGGGAAGGCUGCAACCUUUGUGAAACAAUCAAUCAUUCAGCAGGGAACGUG